AUCUUGAAUGGUCCAGAGAAACUAUUCACACUCAUAUACAGCAAGCUUUCUGAGGGUGUUUUAUCUAGCAGAAGCCACCAUCAACGAUGUCCCUCUAUUUUUACAACAUUCACACUCCUGGAAUUACUCAUUUCAUCAGGCUUUGGAUAGUCCAUUGGGGUUGAUAUUAAAGGUACAUGAGCUCACAAAUGCCAUCUGAUUCCUCUGAGACAAUGCUGUUUAGCAUGGAGGACAUCCUAUUUCUGACCACUGGGAUAUUUGCAAUUGUUAUAGGUACUCAAGUGAGCUUUGCACUUAGAUUCCACAAUGAAAACUUAGCAAUUCAGAGACUACAAAAAAAAAAUCCUUCCUUUGUAUCCUGAUUAUCACCACUACUGCAUCUGAUCCCUUUGCUGCUUCUCACCAAUUCCAGUACCUAUUUACUACUAUAGUAUUGGUCCCUGUUCUAGUGACGGCAUCUGUGGUCACUAAUACAACAUUGGCUCCAUUUUCAGUGAUGACUUUUGCAAGUGGUAUUCUAUAUGCUCUUUUGACUCCCAACACAUGAUGCCCUUUAAUCCAAGAAAGUUCACUACCAUUCAUUCCUGCCUGGGUUAUUUCCAGCUCCUGCUCUGGCACUACGGCUGUGAGGUAGGUAAAGUCAACUCAUUCACUAUUACAUUACAUUUGUUUAUCCAAUGCGAACUGUUAAUGUGCUUACCAUUCAUACACUGGAAUUCCCACAAUGCUGCUGUUCUGCGAGCUGGGAUUUUCUGAGGUUGGGGAAUGAAGAUAGAAUGUCUGAAAUCAUAGUUUAGUAAUCCUGAGGCAAGUUCUCAACAGAAAACCUCUGUAGACGAUACCAAGCAGAGUGUAGCAUAGUUAAAUCUGUCAUGCCCAAGGUUCAACAAGCCCCUCCUCUUAUAAAUGAUUCUGUAUUCAGAAACCACCUCAGAGAUGGCUCCAGUCUUACACUUAAUCAAGUCUUCAAUGAUUCCUAGGCUAAACCACUCCAUAAUUUGCAUCCUGCGAACUGGAAAAUAUCCACAAGAUAUAGAAGGAUGUGAUCGGUGGUAAAGCAUAUGUGCCAUGAAAGGAACAGCCUCACUCAGCUCUUGACAAAUGGCUGAAAACUCAAUAUGCCAGUAAAAGGUUACACUUCAGUUCUUGUCCACUUCUCUUCUGAUUGCCAGGUGUAUUUGCAUUGCAUUAGUACCUUCCAUGAGAGAAAGCUUCCUGCAUCUUUUAUCUGUUACAAUUUGCAGGCAGGACUGGCUAUGAUUCUUUUAUCCUCCCAAGAGCAGACUGCACAUUUGUUCUUUUAGCAUUCCAAAUCUGCUGUGAUUGUGCAAUCUGAAUUUACUGGUAUGCCACUGAAACCCAACUGCAAAAUACAGAGUCUGCAAACACCUGAAGUAUCCCUAGUCUCAAGUACAAACCUCCACUCUUCUGGGAGUGAGGAGGAGAUGGGUGCAUGUGUGUGUGUAAAAUGGGGUGGGGUUCUUGUGCGUAUGAUUGAACAAAACAGAAAAAAGGGGAGGAAAGAAAAUGGGUGUCGCUGCCUACCGCCUGACUUGAAAACGGUCUUUGUCUAACCUUAACUUCGGAGUUGUUGAAAAGUUUUGUGGGAUCUUGAACUUCUCCACAGAACAGUGGAAUAAAAAUGGAAAAAAUAAAUGCCGCUGCCUUUAUAGCACCCUCACUUGGGAGGGUAAGAUGGUGGUAGAAUAAAAAUGAGCAAACAGGUGGUACCUCGUGGGACAGAUUAGUUUUAUACUCAGUUGUAAACUUUAUUUGAGAAGUUAUGAGAUUGCUGAACAGCUGGGGAGUGUAGCAAAAUGCUUGGCCAGAAAUUAGAUUUUUGUAAAAGAGUCCCAUCUGCUGCAGAUAACUUGGUUACAAAAUUGAGAGUGUUCUUCAGAAUCUUAGGAGGCACAGGUUGCAAUCCCAUAUAUAUUUACUAGGGCGUAAUUUCCAUUGAACUCACCAGAAAUUUUUGCUGAGUAAACAAUCCAGAAUGAACACAAAAGAAAACCCCAGUAUAAUCUAUUUGGGGCUUACCUUUUGAGGUAAUCAUGGUUUAUGGGUUGUUUUGUACAGAAGACUGAUGCCAACCAUACUCUUCUAUAAUGGGAUUUACUCCUCAUGAGAAGAGAAGACUCCCUGGAAAAGACCCUGAUGUUGGGAAAGAUUGAGGGCACUAGGAGAAGGGGGCGACAGAGGACGAGAUGGUUGGACAGUGUUCUCGAAGCUACGGACAUGAGUUUGACCAAACUGCGGGAGGCAGUGCAAGACAGGAGUGCCUGGCGUGCUAUGGUCCAUGGGGUCACGAAGAGUCGGACACGACUAAACGACUAAACAACAACAAAUGGGAUUAGGAUUGCAACUUUAGCAAAGGGAGCAAAAGCUAAGUAGAGUAAUGAUCCUCCUCCUCUCAAUUUCCCAAUGUUUCUCGUGGGCAAACAAACCUAAUGGAGAGGAGAGCAGCCACAACUCCCACCCCCCUUUCAGCUUCUGAAAGCCCCUGUGGAGUCCUGGUGGGACUACAGGAAAUCAUAAAUGACAUCCUCCUCAAAAUGCCUUCAUGAGCAAAUAACCUUGCAGAAGGGGACUUUUAAACUGGGCAUGUCAGGCCUUUGCAGUGCAAUCCUUACCACACUUACUUAGCACUAAGUCCAGCUGAAUUGGGGGGGGGGCUUACUUCCAUGUAAGUUAGGUUGAGGUUGCAAUUUUAGCAAGGGGAGCUAAAAUGCAAGGACAACUCUUGUUUACUGACAGCAAGAAGACAGGCUUGUUUCAUGCAGGCGGGGCUUUUCUCGGUUGCAACUCCCACAAGAUUUUCAUUUGUUGCUGUGAUAGAUUAGCUGUUGAGAAACUUCAGCAGUGAGCUUUUUUCUUGGAAGAGAGCACAGCGACGUGCAUAGGAAGGAACAGCAGCUAGAACAACACAUACAAGGCCAAAAAAAAUUAGAAAGGGGCUGAAAGAGGAGAGGGGAAGGCAAAGGAAAGCAGAAGGGGAUUUAUCCAGAGAAGAACAAAAUCAUGGAUCUCUUGCUAUCAUUGCCCUCCCUUUUCACAGCUGUAUGGAACAACCCUAUGCUGUUGGGGAUUUUUCUUGCUAUUUUCAUCUUGGCCUUUGAUUACAUGAAGCGUCGGAAACGCUGGAGCCACUACCCUCCAGGGCCAGUCUCCCUGCCCUUCAUUGGCACCAUAUUGCAGAUUGACUUCAACAACCCUCAUGUUUCUUUUACCCAGCUAAGUAAGAAAUAUGGGAAUAUUUAUAGCCUGCAGAACCUCUGGACAAAUGUGGUGGUACUGAAUGGUUUCAAGGCCGUGAAAGAAGCUUUAGUCAAUAAAUCAGAAGAUUUUGCUGAUCGCCCCUUCUUUCCUAUCUACAGACACCUGGGAUACGGAGAAGUCAAUCAAGGACUGGUGAUGGCACAGUACGGCCAAGCCUGGAAGGAUCAGAGGAGAUUCACGCUCACCAUACUGAGAGACUUUGGAAUGGGAAAGAAAUCUCUGGAGCAGCUGGUGACUGAGGAAGCUGGACAUUUGUGCUCAUUUUUUAGUUCUAAGGAAGGUCAAUCAUUUAAUCCUCACUAUCUCAUAAACAAUGCAGUUAGCAAUGUGAUCUGCUUCCUCACUUUUGGCAAUCGUUUUGACUACGAGGAUCAGAAAUUCCAGAGUUUACUUCAUCUCCUUGAACAGUCCAUGAAGGAAGAAACUGGACUUCUGCCACAGGUUCUUAAUUCACUGCCUUUUUUGAUGCACAUCCCUGGAAUGACGCACAAAACCUUUCGUCAUCAAAAGGAAUUUAUGGACUAUUUAGGUGAAAUUGUGAAUGCACACAAAGAAACUUGGUGUCCUUCCUCCAAGCAAAACAUCACUGAGGCAUUUUUGGAAGAAAUUGAGAAGAGAAAGGGCGAAAACAGUAGUUUCAAUUACCAAAACCUCCCUCUGAUUAUUGCUGACCUGUUUGCUGCUGGCACGGAGACCACCACCACUACCUUGCGCUGGGGCCUGCUCUACAUGAUCCUCUAUCCUGACAUCCAGAGUAAAGUCCAAGAAGAAAUUGAUGCAGUGAUUGGUAGGAACAGAUCUGCCACAUUGGAGGACCAGGCAAAUAUGCCUUACACUCAUGCUGUAAUCCAUGAAACUCAACGCUUUGCGGAUAUUAUUCCUGCUGGCAUACCCCAUAGCGCAUACCGUGAUACAGAGGUGGAAGGCUUCUUCAUCCCAAAGGGUACCACAAUCGUGACCAACCUGUCAUCCGUGCUAAAAGAUGAAGCCAUGUGGGAGAACCCGCAUCAGUUUUGGCCAGAGCACUUUCUGGAUGCCAAUGGACAGUUUGUCAAGCGAGAAGCUUUCAUACCUUUCUCAGCAGGUCGUCGUAUCUGUCUUGGAGAACAAUUGGCUAGAAUGGAGCUUUUCCUCUUUUUCACCAGCCUCCUGCAGCAUUUCACCUUCCAUAUUGCAGAAGAUCACCCCAAACCAAGAGAAGAUGGGUGUUUCGCUUUUACACUCGUCCCACAUCCUUAUCAUAUCAAGGUUGUUUCAAGAUGAGUGCAAGCACUUGCACAAACACACUUCUACAUUUUGAGUUUGUCAUUCACGGUGCAAAUUACCUUAAAGAUAUAGGACUGCUGAAUCCAUAAAGUAAUAGAUCACAGUAGCUCAUUUACUGAUUCUUCCUUUAGCAAGAAUCACAUUUAUGAUUUUUUCCCCCUUUCCCCCUUUCUCUUUUCUUUUUCUUUCUAAAUAAAUACAGUUUUCAUAGAAUCAUAGAAUCUUAUAGUUGGAAGGGACCCAGGGCCAUCUAGCCCAACCCCCUGCAAUGCAGGAAUCUCAGCUAAAGCAUCCAUGGCAGGUGGCCAUCCAACCUCUGCUUAAAAACCUCAAAGGAAGGAGAGUCCACCACCGCCCGAGGGAGUCCGUUCCACUGUCAAGAAACUCGUACUAUUAGAAAGUUCAGGAAUGCCAUCAUCCUCCUGAAGGUGCGAGAGUGAAGAGCAGCUCUUACUGUCAGAAAGUUUUUCUGUGUGUUUAGUCGGAAUCCCCUUUCUUGUAACUUGAAUCCAUUUAUUUGAGUCCUACUGUCCAGAACAGGAGAAAACAAGCUUGCUCCAUCUUCCAUGUGACAGCCCAUUAGAUAUUUGAAAAUGGCUAUCAUAUCUCCUCUCAAUCUCCUCUUUUCCAGGCUAAACACAACCAAUAUAUAUAAAUAACAAUAUAUAUAUAAACAAUAUAUAUAACAAUUAUAUACAACAACAAAAAUAUAUAACAAAAAUAUAUAACAAUUACAAAAAAGAAUAAAAAGGUACAAAACCAAAAUACCAGCUUGCCUCCCUCCCCACUCCAGGACAGAUCAAUCUAGUUAAGCUUGCCCAAGUCCAAUCUGUUAUUUCAGUAGCUGCCAUCCUUCAGGGUUAUCAGUAAAGUAUUUGUUAAAAGGAUGCCACAUUUCAACAAAACCAUCUACAUAAUUUGCAUUAUUAAAUGCAUGUAAUCUGAAUGCUAAUUUUUCUUAUACAGCAGUAGACCAUACAUUCUGUUUCCAAACAGAGAUACACAGACUUUCCAAUCCUUUCCAAUUCUGUGCCUUUAGUAGAUGUGCUGCCACUAAAAGUAAAGUGGUUAGUUCUUCAUAAGAAAGGUCAGAUUCCCCUUCUUUAAAAACAGUUAACAGUCUCAAACUUGGGGUAUAUUCCACAUGCUGACCUGUAAUAUAGCUUAUUUCUGUAAAUACCUUCUGCCAGAAGGGCUUCAUAUGAUCAUACAUCCACCACACGUGCAAUGUUGCAAUGUUGUACCUAUAUUGUUGCGGCCUCUCCAACACAAUGGUGGGAUGGUUUUAUUAAUAUAGCUACACCAUAAUGGUGUCAAAUGCCAUUGGUUUGGUAAUUUAAAUGUAUUUUCUCAUAUCUGAGUUGAUACUCAUUUUAGUGGUUUUUUAGCCCACAAAUUAUUCCAAUCCACCUCCGUAAUGUCUAUCCCUAGAUCAGAUUCCCGUUGCUGUUUCACAGAAUUACAUCCUCCAAUUGUUAACUCAUUGAUUAUUUGAUACAGUAUAAAGGGUUUUUUUUGUAUAUUCAUUUGUAUGUAAAAUCAAAUUUUCAAAUGAUGUUUAAUGUCUUGUGGCAUGCGCUUUAACUUCAGAAUUUGAUAUAAAGCACACUAUAUGAUGAACAUAAAGACAAUUUACACACUGCAUUCCAAUUUAUAUCAUUAUUUGUUCAGCAGAUAUAAGUGAACCACUUUCAAAUAAAUAAAUUAGUACAUGAAGAUCUUUCUCCAUUUCUGAAGAGCAUGUUCUUUUCCUGUCAUAUGAAAAAGUGGAUGCAGUACAAAAGGUAUCAACGGUGAGAUUGAAGGAGCUAAUUUAGGUGUCCACAUCUUCCAAACUUUCAGAUCUGACUUUGUAAAUGGAUUGAUUAUCGAAUCAAACAUAUUUUUAUUGUGUAUUAAAAAUGAUAGACUCGGUAGUCUAUAUAUUUCUAUCAAAUGCCAUUUGCCGCCAUGUUUUAUCAUUUGCAUUUUGUAUUGUUCCAAUUACAUUUUGAAUAUGGUUAACAUCCUGAUAUUUUGUAAAUGAGAUAAAGCAAGACUCUCCACCCCUGAGACUGCUGAUAUAUUUCAGCUAAUUGUAAUCUGGGUCUUUUACCCUAGUAAUCAAAGUUUACUAUCAUCCUUUGGCAUUUUAAAAAAAAUCUCAGUGGAAAUACAGAUGAGUAUAGUCUGAAACAAAAACAUAAUUUUUGGUAGAACCAUCCUUUUCACUGAAGACACUCUUCCCACCCAUGAUAACUUCAACCUGGACCAGUUUUUGAAAUCUUUCUUAAUACAGUAUUUCUUAUUAAUGGCAGAAAAAACAUUUGUGUGCAUGUGUUGUUGUUGUUGUUUUGCCAAAAAUAUGUUUGCAUAUCAUUAUGUUCAGUGGGUUAGUGGGUUGGGGACAUGUGCCAGAAGAGGACCCGAGAUGGAGUUCCUGGGAUGUCACUAUAGGCUAGCUAAGUAAGGGGAGAUGCGGUGUGGGGCGACAACCAGGUUGGUUGAGGAGAAUGGAUAACAGAUGGUUAAAGGUGGUUACCCCUUCCAGGCUGCCCUGCACCUGACAGGACUUUGGUAACUAAGCCAUCGAGCCUUCCUGCUUGGUGGUGCUGUUGCUAAAUGCCAGGUCAUUUCGCAAGAAAAUAUAUCUCAUCCAUGAUUUGAUUGUGGAUGAUGUGGUUGACCUGGUAUGAAUUACCAAGACUUGGGUGGAGGUGUUGUGUGGGCCAAACUUGAACCAGCUAUGUCCACCCUGGUACUCGGUGCAAUAUCAGUAUAGCUGGAGAUUUGAGGGGUUGGAUCCAUGCCACUGAAGAUUCCACUUCAUCAGAAAAGCAAUUCAUCUGGGAGCUGGAUAUCAGGGCUUUUACUUGGGGUUCAGCCAGCAAAACAACACAGAAUCUUAGUAUACUGCCCACUCCACUGCCCAACAACCUCCCUGACUGAGCUAGUGGAGGCAGUCUUUAAUGUGGCUUUGAAAACAAUAGUCUUGGGCCUAUGUCUUUUGCAGUCUGGUUUAAGAGCUUGUGGCCACCAUGGGGCUGUCUCAAUGCGCUGUAGCCCCAGUUCAUAUCCCAGGUCACACUUGGUCUGGUUUUCACCACAGGAUGUACUGGAAGGGCUACAGCAGUAGUCAAAAUUAGUGUCACCUUGCUGUCACAGACAUAUCACUUCCUGGUGUAAUUUGGAAUGGUUGUGGAAGGUCCUGUUUGUAGGGAUGGGGAGCCUAUUGAGAUGGCCCAUUUCCAGAGAAUGGAAUCUGCAAGAGCACUGAGUCCUCUUGGGGAGCUUCCAGUUGGCAUAUUAAGCGCCCCUGCAAGGUCCUGGCCCCACUGUGGAAAAGUGAAAGGACCAUUGACACACAGAAUCACAGAAUUGUAGAGUUGGAAGGGACACCCAGGGUCAUCUAGUCCAACACCCUGCAAUGCAGAAAUCUCAACUAAAGCAUCCAUCACUACUAAAUGCCAUUUCUGGCACUGUGGAGCUUAGAGUGCCCCUGGUUUUCUCAAGAACUUGGGGCAAUGAAACAGACCAGCUGAUGGCUGAUGUCUCACAGCAACUAUGACCAAGAACAUUCAAGAGAAACAUAGCCAUACCUACCAGCAGUGGACCGUGUGGUAGGGCACUGCCCAUUGAAGGCAUUGACUGGGCCAAGGCCCUUCUGAAUUCUGGCACCUCCUUGCCCUGGCUAAACAUGUCUACCCCUGGAAUUCUCACUGCUUGGAGAAUUGAGAUGGGAGUUUUGUAACAAUAUGAAGUUGAAGUACUGCUGUCUGAGGAUAGCUUAAUCCUGUGAGAGCUGGGGAGAUCACCCAACAGAAUAAUACAGUAGUCUUGCCCGGGCUUUGUGGCAGUUUGGGAAAGAUACGAAGCUCAGUGAAAGCAUAUGUCCUUAACACUGUAGCCACAUGACUGA